GUUCAGUGUGAGAGAAGAUGUCAAACAAUAAUGGAUCCAAGUCAGAAUUCAGAAUAUAAUAGUCAAAAUUUGCAUUCAUUUCAACAACCGCGGGAUGUUGGUGACAUAAUGGCUCCAGGAAAUCAACAAUCCGCUGGUCACCAUGAUCGGACAAAUACGGAAUGCAAUCCUGGUGAUAUAGCACCAACUGGUCGUGAUUGCACUGCUUAUUACGAAUGUAUCAACGGACAUUAUAAGUUGCAGUUGUGUCCAAGUAACACCUUCUACAAUCCAGAAUUAAAAUGUUGUCACGCAAACUAUGUUUGUCCCAAUCGAGCAUAUGAACUAAGAACAACUCCGUCACUACCCUGUAAGUAUGGCGAAUCGCAAGCUGAUAAAACCAGCUACGAAAAUUACUAUUCUUGCGUUGGUGAUGAUCGUCAUCUCGAACGUCGAAUUUGUCCUAAUGGUAAAGUAUUCAAUCGUGCGCUCAAUCGAUGCAUAUCUGGUGCUGCGGGCAAUAGAUGUCAACAAUCAGGCCAACAAGGCUUUGAAUCGAGAAAUAUUGCUGUGGGACUGGCAUGCACUGAAAAUAGUGACCCAUCAGGCUAUAAUGCUGACCCAACUGACUGUCGACGAUAUUACCAAUGCGCACAAGGUCGAUGGAUUAGGAUGCAAUGUCCCAGUAAUUUGGUGUGGAAUCCGGCGGCAACAGUUUGUGAUUGGCCCGAAAACACACUACUUUCCUGUCACUGAACAAAAUUUUUGGAUGGAUUUUUUCGAAGUAAAUAUAAUCUAAUCAGUUGGGC